AUGGAGAAAUUUCAGAAGUAUAGGCCUCCAUAUUUCAGUGGUGUGAGUUCUGACCCAUUGCCACCAUCAAAAUGGGUGGAUGGAAUUCAGAAGACAUUGGCAGUGUUAGGUUGCAAUGAUGAACAAAAGAUUAUGUGUGCAACCUAUCAACUGCAAAAUGAAGCCUAUGCCUGGUGGAAGGCUACCAGACCUAUACUGCUAGCCACACAUCCAUAUCCCACUUGGGAUCAGUAUGUAGAGGUGUUUUAUGGGAACUAUUUCCCUAUCAGUGUGACAAACAGGAAGGAGUUAGAGUUCAUGGCUUUGACUCAGGGACCUAAGUCAGUUCUGGAAUACCAACAACAGUUUGAGGACUUGUACUGUUUUUCCCUGGCACAUAUGAAGAAUGACAGUGCAAAAACAAAGAAAUUUGAGAAGGGUUUGAAGUAUGGUAUUGGAGCUAUGCUAGUAGCUCAUCGGCUCCAAAAUUAUGUAGAUGUGGUUCAUAUUGCAAAGUCUAUUGAGGACAAGCAGAGGGAAUGUUACCAGAUUCAAGCUGCAAGAAGGACCAGAACCGGAAGCACAGGGAGACAAUUUGGAAGGUUUGGAAGGGGAGCCUCUUCUUCUGCCACAACAACCAGACAAAGAGCAGAUGGGGCAUUAUGCAAUAUUUUGUCCUCUAAAGAGAAAUUUGGUGAACAAAGUGUGACUUCUUCUUCUUCUGCACCCACCAAGAAGUCACAAGCAACUGGGAAGGUCUUCUUUGCACUAACAAUUGAGGAAUCUAAGAUUGCACUUAGAGUAGUGAUAGGUAUAGUGUUUGUCUCUAAUAUACCAGCAUAUGGACACAGAAAGAAAGCAGAGAAAAUGUUGAUUUCAGCUAUCCAAGUACAAAAAUUGUUAGAAGAAGGAUGUGAAGCAUACUUGGCAUGUGUCCAAGAUACAACAAGGGAAACUGCAAUACUGGAAGAACUGGAAGUAGUAAAGGAAUUUUCAGAUGUAUUUCCAGAGGAUUUGUGUAGUGUGCACCUAGAUAGAGAGACUGAAUUUUGUAUUGAUUUAGUAACUGGGGCAACACCAGUUUCAAAAGCACCCUACAGCAUGGUUCCUACUGAAUUGAAGGAGUUGAAGGAACAGUUAUAG